AUGACUUUGUCGCCCACCAAGAUAUCUUUCAGCGUUCGAUGGAGACCACUGCAAAUGUUUCACUGGUUCAUGUGGAGCGCUGGAGUCCUGUAUGUCCUGUGGUGUUACUUUGCCAGCUCAGCGAAUGGUGACGCCCCUGAAAUCUGGCCGAAUGCGUUCGUAAAGGGUUCUUAUGGGCUGCAAAGGGUACAGGAUGACACGGACUUUUCGUGGAAGCACGGUCGAUCUUAUCUACUCAGCGUCUGGCUGUGGUGCCUCCUGCAAGCUGCGCUCAGCCAGGCUCUGCUUCAGGGAAAUCCGCGGCUCCGGGCCCGCUUCUACCCGGUCUUCUCCGCCCUGUCAAUGGCUUGGACGGUGGGCUGGGAAAGCGUGCUCGUCGUUUUCGUUGUUUACGCCGCCUUCUUUCUGCUGGCGGGCCUCAGGAUCCGCGUCGUCUGCUACCUGGUCAGCCUCUUGGCGCUUCUCCAUUACUGUUUCAAGGACAAGUGGGAUCCAAUGCUGUUCGUGCACAAGCGGCAAGGAGUUACGGAGCAUUUCCUGACGUCAGUUACUGUCCCCUGGACUGUGCUGCGGUGCCUGAGUUUCAGCGUGGAUUUCGCCACGGACCCAGGAUCCUCCAACCGCAGGUUUCCCGACUUCUGGAUGAGCCUGGCCUACGUCUUUUACCUGCCGUCCAUGUGUCUGGGUCCACUUAUAAACUACGACAACUUCGUCGCACAGUUGAAACAGCCGCCCAAGCCCUGGACCGUGGGCGAGCUGGUCGGCUGUCUGAUGGGCCUGGUGCGGAGCGCUUUCCACUUAGUUCUCCGUGACAUGAUGAACCACUACUUCUACAGUUCAGCACUGACCUGGAUACCAAGCGCUGUGUCCUCAAAGGACCUGCCUAGUCUGGUGGGCUUCGACAUCUGCCUGAACUUCAUGUUCUACGUCAAGUACCUGGCCUUCUACGGUGUUCCUGGAGCUCUGGCGAGGCUUGACAGGGUUCGGCUGCCGCCGCCGCCAACAUGCAUCGUUCGGGAACACCUGUGUUCACACUUCUGGAGGAACUUCGAUAAUGGCCUUCACCUCUGGAUACGAAGGUACAUCUACCAACCGCUGGGGGGCGGCGGACGAUCGAAGCUGCUUCGGCUCGUGGGAACAGUUGCCUGCUUUAGCUUCAUCUGCAUCUGGCACAGCAUGACCAGGGCCGUGCAGGUCUGGUGUGCGCUCAGUGCCCUUGGCAUCUCUCUGGAGAUUGUGACGAAGGCCAUCAGGGGCUGCCGGCUCUGUCAGCACCUGGAGGCGACCUACCUGCACGGGUUCCGGCUGCGGGUCCUAAAGGCUGUGCUGGGGUCUGGUCUCUACUUGCUCUCCAUGUUCUCCUGUGCCUUCUUUCUCACCAACAUGGAGGUGGGCACCAUAUUUUUCCACAGAGUGAUUCUGGGCUUCCCGCUGCCCAUCGUGCCGGUGUUGGUGUUCCUGUACUUCGCAUCGCACGUCUCCUUGGACGUCAUGGACUGGGAGAGAGUCCCCCGGGAAGCGUCGCAUUCACGGCCACUUCUGUCUUCGUAACGGUUGUGCGCUCGACGGACGCUGCAAUA